AUGGAAAGCACUUACUUCAUUCUGUUCUGCUCCAUUUUGAUGCUUUUCGCCUAUACAAAUUUGGCAAAUGCAAUUGAUACUAUAACUGUUAAUCAAACAAUUAGAGAUGAUGAUAACAGCAUCAUCAUGUCGGCUAAAGAAACUUUUCAAAUGGGAUUCUUUAGCCCUGGUAAUUCAAAGAGUCGGUUUUUGGGCAUAUGGUACAAAAAUAUAGCCAAUCUGACUGUUGUCUGGGUUGCUAAUAGAGACACGCCACUUACUGAUACAUCAGGCAUGCUCAUGAUUGACGCUAAUGGAGUUUUAGUACUCAUUAAUGGUGACAAUAAAAUAAUUUGGUCAUCCAACUCAUCAAAUACUGUGAUGAGUCCUGUGGCACAAUUGUUAGAUACAGGAAAUCUUGUGAUCAGGUAUGCGAAUGACAGUUAUCCUGAAGAUUUCCUCUGGCAGAGUUUUGAUCACCUUGGCGAUACUAUUCUACCAGGCAAUUACACAUAUGGAGUCUAUCUCAUAUUCUGGAAAAGCCCGGAUGAUCCAUCUCCAGGCAAUUACACAUAUGGAGUCUAUCUAAAAGGAUAUCCACAGCGAGUUGUAUGGAAAGGUUCAGCUAUGAGAUUCAGGUUUGGACCAUGA